CAUCUUCAAACACAUCCUUUAAUUUCCUCAUCCACAUUCUUCCAACCUCUCCUCUCUCUCUCACACACACACUACUGAAACUUCUUCAUGUAGCUACUAAUUAACUGCUCUUGAAGCAUUCUUUGGUGUGGCUGUUUAAGUGUUAAUUAAAGUUGGUAGCUAUAUUUUUGAAGUCAAUCCAUCUCGGGAUCCAUUUUUCUCAGCUUUUUCCUCUUUCUUUUCUCUCACACUGGUGUUCUCAAGUGUAUCUGAAAAGUUUGAAGAAUAGAGAAAGCUAUAUAUAUAAAAGUAAGCAGGAUCCAUGAGCUAGCUCAAGAAAUCAGAUCCAUUAAUUCCCUACCACAUAUAUUAUAUAUCCUCUAUUUUUCAGUGUAAGAUCUCAGAUAUUCUUUUGGUGCAAAUUAAAUAAAGGUUUGGUGGUGGAAUAAAACAUGUCGAAUUUGACGUCUGCAUCGAGUGAAAUAAGUGCUUCUUCUGGAAUCAGGAAUGACAAUGGUUCUCUCUAUGCUCAAUACUCCUCUACUUCAAUAAAUCAAGAACCACAGCCUAAAAAGAAAAGAAGUCUUCCGGGCCACCCAGACCCUGGGGCAGAAGUGAUAGCUUUGACUCCUCAAACCCUUUUGGCAACGAACAGGUUCGUUUGUGAGAUUUGUCAGAAAGGGUUUCAGAGAGAUCAGAAUCUGCAGCUUCACAGAAGAGGGCACAAUUUGCCAUGGAAGCUAAAGAAGAAGAGCAGCAAAGAGGGAAGAAAGAAAGUGUAUGUGUGCCCAGAGGCAACGUGCGUUCACCAUGACCCUUCAAGGGCCCUUGGCGACCUCACUGGAAUCAAAAAGCACUUUUUCAGGAAGCACGGUGAGAAGAAAUGGAAGUGUGAGAAGUGCUCCAAACGCUACGCAGUUCAAUCGGAUUGGAAGGCACACUCCAAAAUUUGUGGCACCAGAGACUAUAAAUGCGACUGUGGUACCAUUUUCUCUAGGAGGGACAGCUUUAUCACACACAGAGCCUUCUGUGAUGCCUUAGCACAGGACAGCAUUAGAGCAGUGAACCUUCACCCUCACCCUCUCCUAUCAACUCACACCCAAUUUCACAGCCAUGCCCUUCAAGCACCACCAUCAUUUCUCAAAAGAGAACAAGAGUUCAACCUACUAAGUCCAGAAAUUCUAUCAUGGCUGGCUUCUCCAACAGCAGAAGAAGAAGCAGCAGCAAUGUUCCACAAUCAAACUAUAAGAACCCUAGACUUAACACAUGUCAACCACUCCUUAAACCCUAACCCUAACCCUACAACUUCACCAACAGCUACCACUUUGCUUCCUAACUCCCUGAGUUGCUUCCACUAUUUCACUAAUCCUCCUCACGUGUCAGCCACUGCUUUGUUGCAAAAAGCCUCACAAAUAGGGAGUGCAGCACCUUCACAAGUUAGACCCCACUUGUUGCUGCAACAGGUUCACGUGCCUCAUGAUGAGUGUACAACGACAGGGUAUUACAUGGCUUCAUCUUCAGCCGUUUCUGGAAUAGUUAUGCCUUCACGUGAAGAAAUAGGCACUGGGGGGUUUGCUCGUGGCAUGGCAUCUUGAGGGAAUAAAGCUGCAAUGGUUUCUGAUUACUUGGAAGAAGGUGCAUGCUGAUCAUCAUAUAUGUAUCGAGCAUCUUCUCUCUUUUCCAUGAUAUGAUAGUAUAGUACUGUGCCUUCUGCUUCUGCCACUGGGUUUGAGGAGGCUCUAUAUAUGACUGUGAUGUGAGGGGCAUGUUUAAUCCACCAAGCACAAGAUAAUGUUAACUUUCAGAAACUUGUUUCAAAACCAACACAGUUUGCUAAUAAAGCCAACAAAGGCACCCCUUUGGUGUCAGCCACUGCCAAUGUUUUAAGAUGUAAUUUUCACUUUGAUACAUAUAGCACAAAAUUGCAAACAAAAUAUAUUUUUAUAUCUUA